CUUUAAUCAUCUGAAAAGUCUACUUUUGGUCUCCGCAAUCUCCUGCAACUCACACUUCUCCAUCAUCUCCUCUUCUUAUCUCCCUCCCCACAUGUUUUCUCCUCCCAGUUAGUCCUUCUUGAACAACAACUCCAAAACUCUCUCAAAAGCGAGCAAAAACAGAGAGUUAAUUAAGCUCCAAUUCUGGUUGCAAAUGGCAUUUGCAGGAACAACCCAGAAAUGCAUGGCCUGUGACAAGACUGUCUAUCUGGUUGACAAGUUAACCGCCGAUAACCGUAUCUACCACAAAGCCUGCUUCCGAUGCCAUCACUGCAAAGGAACUCUCAAGCUCGGCAAUUACAAUUCCUUUGAGGGAGUACUCUAUUGCAGGCCACACUUUGAUCAGCUGUUCAAAAGAACUGGCAGCCUUGACAAAAGCUUUGAAGGGACACCAAAAAUUGCAAAACCGGAGAAACCUGUUGAUGGUGAGAAACCAACCGCAAAUAAGGUUUCAAGUAUGUUUGGUGGAACUAGAGACAAAUGUGUCGGCUGCAAAAACACCGUCUAUCCUACUGAGAAGGUUACGGUAAAUGGGACUCCUUAUCACAAGAGCUGUUUCAAAUGCUCCCAUGGAGGGUGUGUAAUCAGCCCAUCAAACUACAUAGCACACGAGGGGCGACUCUACUGCAAAUAUCACCACACUCAACUCAUCAAGGAAAAAGGAAACUUAAGCCAGCUUGAGGGAGAACAUGAGAAGGAUGCAAUGAAUGAGAAAUCCAAUGGCAGGGAAGUUGCUGCUGAGACAUGAUUUGAUUGACAUCUACUUCUGGUUUUUUAUUUUUAUUUUUUUUUACCUUCCCAUCAUGUGUUUCUAUCCGCCCUCCGAUCCGUGCUAUUGGUGUAUCGAUUUUAGGCCUUAUGCUUAGAUUGCAGACAGACUUCUUAAUAUUUUUCUGUUGAAGUGUGCGAGCCUUCAUUUGUUUUUUUUUCUGGGGUUUGUUGCAAGAAGAUCGUGGAUGCCCAAAUGGAUGCCAAGACCUACUCGAUUCUCAGCAUGUGAUACAGUGAACAAGUAUUGAUCUUCUGUUGUGAACUCUUGAUUGUGUUCCAUUUUCAAUAAAUGUUGAUGAUCCCACACUUUUUUUUCC